GACACUUCCGGGCGCCUCACUCGAAGGCUGCUGAUAGCCGCUAGCUCUGUGUUACGUCACCUAUUGGGAUAACACUACUCGCAACCAUAGCUCACAACAUUACGGCUACAUUUCUCCGUGUUGGUCACCAAAGGGCAGUGAACCAGCAUGUUUGGAGCGGUGGUUGUUGGCAUUGGCACAGCCGGUUGGGUGAGGAUCAGAGACAUGUUAGCUCCUCUGCCUGGCAGUCCUGCAGAGAAACUGAAUGUCAGAGCUUUCAUAUCCAGGAGAAAGCUGGACUCUCAGCAGGGAGUGAGUCAGGUGACCGCUGAAGAGGCUGUGAGCAGAGAGGACAUCCAGGUGGCGUUCAUCUGCACUGAGAAUGUGUUGCAUGAGGAAAACGUCAGAACUUUUCUGCAGGCAGGAAAACACGUGUGUGUGGAAUAUCCCAUGACCAUGAACUACAAAGCUGCUCUGGAGCUCUGGAACCUGGCCCAGGAAAAAGGAGUUAUUCUCCAUGAGGAACACAUUGAGCUGCUGACCGAAGACUUCAAAGAACUGAAGAGAGAGGUGGAGGGAAAGCUCCUGCAGGAAGGAACGCUUCAUUUUACCGGUGGAGCUCUGAAGCCUGGAUUUGGUUUCCCAGCAUUUAGUGGCAUUGCUCGCCUUACGUGGUUGGUUGAGUUGUUCGGUGAGCUGUCGGUAACUGCAGCAACUAUGGAGGAAGACUCUGGCAACAACUACAGCAAGAUGACUGCAAAGCUGUUAACGUCUGACGACAGACCUCUGAUGUGGAUUGAAGAGCGGGGGCCGGGCCUCCCUUGGGCCAAGAACAUCAACUUUCAAUUUGACUCGUGUACUCUGACCGAGGUUCCUCCUGCACCCAGAGGGGCAGUAGGCCUCUUCAUGCAAGACCUGAUCCACUUCUCUGCCAAGCUGGCAGGCCAAGUGAGUCCCGGGGAGCUCCACAGAGAGAAGAUCAGGAUCCUACACUGCCUGAGAUUAGCCGAGAAUAUACAACAAUUGUGCAAAAGAUAAAUGGGGACUCUCCUAUUUAUGAUCAUGCUAAAUCGUGUUAUUACAAUACGAUUUCUUUAAUUUAAUCACCAUACCCUUAAAUCUAAGUAUUACUUAGUUGUGUUAUUUAAUCAAAACUCAUGUACAAUAUUUAAGUUAUGUACAGUUUAUUUAUUUUACCAGUAGAUGUCAGUGUUGACUUUUGAAUGAAACUUGAAUACAAACAUGGUAAAUAAUCUUGUGCUGAAGCAUUCUACGAUGAAUCAACACCUGGAAAUUGUGUUCAAUGACAAACCAAUGGUACCAAAGCAAUACUUUGAGGAGAAUGAAUGUAAGAGACAAGAUGGUUAGCUGUUGAACAUAUCUAUUUUGAAAUGUAUUGUGGUCCCUGGAGACUUGCACAUUAAGAUUUUUAAAUCAGGGUGGGGAAUCAAAUUCCAUUUACACAUGCUACUUAUUGAAAUUUCUUCUGCAUGACCUUAAUAAAGCCUUUACAUUUGCAGUCAAAAGAAAAAAGAAACCAGCCAAAAGUAUGUUGAACACUUAAAACACUAAGUAUGUGUACAAGGGACUGUGUGUAUUGUCUCUCAGCAAGCUGUACAUUGAUAAACUGUAUAUUUAUCUGUCAGGCGCUGGCAUCACUGUGGAAUCAAUAAAGUACUUAUUGUAACUGUAA